AGUCAGAGUUAGAAGUAAGAACAAGAAAAUUGGAGGAAAAAGACAAACAGAGAGAGAAAAAAAAUGGUGAGUGAAGGAGCAAGUGUAACAACAGCAAUGGUUGCAGUUCAAUUCUUAGAAGUAGGUGGUGACACUCUAAUGAAAUCAGCCACAAAAGAUGGAAUGAGUAUUUAUAUCUUCGUUUUUUACUCAAACCUUUUUGCUCUUUUUUUUCUUCUACCAUCAACCCUUUUCUACCACAGAGAAAGAGCUCCUCCACCAAUUUCAAUAUCAAUUUUCUUCAGAAUUUUUCUUCUUAGUUGUUUCAGAACUACAGUGCAAACUUUGAUGUAUACUGGAAUUGGAUAUAGUUCUCCCACGUUGUCUUCUGCUAUGGUUGAUCUUGUUCCUGCUUUUACCUUCAUACUUGCUCUAAUUUCAAGGAUGGAAAAUCUAAAUUUGAAACAACAUAGCAGUCAGGCAAAAGUUAUUGGUACAUUAGUCUCCAUUGGAGGGGCCUUAAUUGUGACAUUAUACAAAGGGAUACCAUUGAUUAGUGAUUCCUUUCAAAAUAUAGAAAUGGGAGCAAUUGGAAUUUACCUUUCAGUCAAAUCAGAUUGGAUAAUUGGUGCUUUCCUUCUUGCAACUGCUAGCUUUUGCCUUUCUGUUUUAUUUAUUAUCCAGACUUGGAUUGUAAAGGAUUAUCCAGAAGAGCUAGUGGUAACAACCAUUUGUUGCUGUUUGGUGGUAAUCCUAUCUGCUAUUGUAGCUCUCAUUGCAGAGGGAAAUUCAAAUGUUUGGAUUCUAAGACCUGAUAAAAAGUUGCUAUCUAUGUGUUUCUCAGCAAUUUUUGUGGUAUCAAUGAGGAAUACUGUUACCACAUGGGGAUGUCGUAUUAAAGGACCAAUAUUUGUAGCAAUGUUCAACCCAUUAAGAGUGGUCAUUGCACUUGGCUUGGGGGUGUUAUUUUUAGGAGACAAUCUUUAUCUUGGAAGCAUUAUUGGAGCUACUAUAAUAGUUAUUGGAUUUUAUGCUGUGAUGUGGGCACAAGCUCAAGAGAAACACAUGAUAAGUGAAAAUAAUUUUCAACCAUCUUCUUUGGCUCCUUUAUUGCAAAACAAAAGCAUGGAUCUCUAGGUACCUCUGGUUUUGUAAGGUAGUACGUAUAGCCUAGUAGGGUAUACUUAACAUUGAUAGAAUUUUUGUUUGUUGCACUAAAAAUGCAAGUGAUACAAGCAACUCUUGUUUUUAUUGAAAACAAUAAAGCAAUUGUAUAUCAAUGGAUUAGUCAAUGUUAUCAUGAAAUAAAAUAAAUAUAAUUUAUAAGAAGUUAUUUAACAAAGUAUUUGUCAAAAAUAAAGUUAUUGAGAAACA